ACAAGUAUGAAAUCUUUAUUUUUUAUUUUUAAUUUAAAUUGGACAACAGAUAACAAACAUUUCACUUAAAAUUCUCACUAUAAGUAGUCAGUCCUCUUUUUGAACCACAAUUCAUCAUCACUACUUUUCUUUUCGCAUAUCUUUUAAGUUUUUCUUACGUAACAAACUCUAUCGAGAAAAAAAAGAAGAUAAAGCCUAAAACUUAAAACCAAAAAUGAAAAUGCUCGUGGCUGUACAAUUCUUCAUAAUCUCUCUUCUCCUCACAUCUUCAUAUUUUGUACUUUCAAGCGCUGAUUCGUCAUGCGGUGGAAAGUGCAAUGUGAGAUGCUCAAAGGCAGAUCGAACACAUGAGGAGUGCCUUGAGGACUGCAAUAUAUGUUGCCAGCAGUGUAAUUGUGUUCCUUCGGGUACUUAUGGAAACAAAGAUGAAUGUCCUUGCUACCGUGAUAUGAAAAACUCCAAAGGCGGAUCCAAGUGUCCUUGAAUAUGCUUUGAAGAUCCUCAUCACAAACAUAACAUCUACGUACUAUAUGUAUGAAAAUCACAUAUAUGUUUGAUGUAUGAAAAAAUUCCAUGAGCUUAUUGAAAAUUGUGUUUUCUUUAAUUCGAUUCCUAAACACUAAAGAAUAAAUCAUGUCAAGGUUUAUAUUUCUCAGCUUCAAUUUAACUAAAAGCAACAACUUGGGAUACUAUAUAUGAUGGGAUGCACAUUUGAGAAUUUACUCUCUCAA